AUGCAGACUAACAACAAUAGUGUGAGUGAGCCAACAGGAAUGUACGGAUCUUCAGGAUACAAGGUUGCAAUAGCUCGAACCAAAAAUUAUCCUGAUAACAAAUUUAGUGGAGCUGGAAUGGCAGCUAGUAUAUGGAAUCCUCCUGUUAAAGAUGGACAACAUAGUGCAUGUCGACUGAAAAUUCAAAAAGGAUCUGAUAUUUUACAAGUUGGUUGGAGAGUGGACCCAACACUCUAUGGGGAUAACAAAGCUAGGCUUUUCAUACAUUUUCAAGAUCAAGCUAAUGGAAAUUGGUGGCUUUUUAUGGAAGAAAAUCAUAUUCAAAUUGGUUUUUGGCCUCAAAGGAUCUUCACUAAGUUGACUAGCUUUGCCACAAACGUUGAAUGGGGAGGAGUGGUAUAUAGUCCACCAGGUGUACCUAAACCUCCUAUGGGAUCCAAUUUUUUUCCUGUGUUAGACUCUGAUUAUGAUGCAUAUUGUAGGGCUAUUACAGUGACAAAUGAUAAAGGUGAGACCAUGAACCCAACUGAAACAACCACAUUUGUCAACAAUCCUGAUAUGUAUUUUGUUUUCGAUGUACAUAAUUUUAAGCAUCAUCAUUUUGUACUCUAUGGAGGGCCUGGUGAUCAGAUACAAGUUUAG